AUGGAAAUCAACGAGGAGGAUUUUCAAGUGGUGAAUGAUUUGAUAUCCUGGUUCACGAGACUUCGGUCUCUGGUGCUCGUGGGUGGCUUUUACUCCAAAGCCCCGGAAAAGAUCCGAGAACACACCGUAUCUUUGAUUCAUCGCACCCGGAAUCUUGGACGACUGAGAAGCUUGAAGAUUGAAGGGGAUAUGUGGGACGAGACUGGAGGUAUUUCUCUGGCAGAUACGGUGAAAUAUGUCAAUUCCUCCUCUCUUGAAACAUUAGAGAUAUCUGGGGCAGGGCUUUCGGACACUGCCACCAUUUCAGAGAUGCUUCUUCCACAUGUAGCUCGAUCUGCACCCUUCACCUCGGUGAAGCUGAGGGGCUGCAAAGACUACCCCGAGGCAAUAGCGGCGUUCAUCCACUGGCCCACGGAGUUAGUCCACUUCACCAUCAACACCUCUGGAAGCUUUGUCUCGGACAUGAAUCUCCAUGAUAUUGGCAUGUGUUUAUCAAUCCACAAGGAGACGCUCAAGACCAUCUACAUUGAUCGCUUGGGAUUUCCUCAUGGGCUAUCAUUUGAUGCAUCCAACUUCCCACUGCUCGAAGUUCUUCGACUAUCCAGGACUCAGAUAUGCGAAGACCCGUGGAAUCGGGAAUUUGAAUGGAAUCCGGUCUAUGCUGAUCUGGUGCUUGGCCCGAGUCUUCAUACCUUUGGAUUGGUAUUUGGAGUCAUGGGCCAGAGUUUAAUCAACAACUGGGGACACAAGGAAGAAGAAUGGAUCCGACAGCUUGCGAUAGCUGCAUGGAAGCGCAAGGCUCCAUUGAAAACGAUCGAAAUCAAUUUUUCUCCUGUGAGUCCAUACCCGGAUUUCAAACAGGGGACCUAUUCGGACUGGGAAUAUGUGUAUCCCUGGGACCGGAUGGAUAAGCUUGGGGUCCAAAUUCAACGAUACGGAUUGACCUUGGAAUAUACUGCUCCACCGUGGACGAAAGAAGAAUGGCUGUCGCAAGUACGUAAAUGUACCUGUCAGCAUAGUAUUAUCGCCUUUGAAGAAGAAUAG